AUGUUGUCUAGGAAGGCUAGUGAGGAGUCUCAUGGGCAAGACUCUAGUUACUUUUUAGGAUGGCAAGAGUAUGAGAAGAAUCCAUAUCAUCCCAUUCAUAAUCCUACUGGGAUCAUUCAGAUGGGACUUGCGGAAAAUCAGCUUUCAUUUGACGUAGUUGAAUCAUGGCUUGAAAGAAAUUCUGAUACUAUAGAGAUGAAAAACGAUGGAAUAUCCAUAUUUAGAGAACUUGCUCUAUUCCAAGAUUAUCAUGGUUUACCGGUUUUCAAAAAUGAAUUGGUGGAGUUUAUGGCAAAAAUAAGAGGAAAUGAAAUUAAAUUUGAUUCCAAUAAUCUUGUCCUCACAGCAGGAGCAACUUCUGCAAACGAGAUUCUCAUGUUUUGUCUUGCUAAUCCAGGAGAAGCUUUCAUUCUUCCCACACCUUAUUAUCCAGGGUUCGACAGAGAUCUUAAAUGGCGUACAGGGGUUGAAAUUGUUCCAAUGCAUUGUUCAAGUUCAAAUGGUUUUAGAAUCACUUGUACUGCUUUAGAACAAGCCUAUCAACAAGCCAUAAACUUGAACCUCAAUGUCAAAGGUGUGCUAGUAACCAACCCUUCAAAUCCACUAGGCACAACCAUGACCAAAACUGAACUUAACCAUCUAGUUAACUUUGCAAUAGACAAAAACAUCCACAUAAUAAGCGACGAAAUUUACUCGGGUACCGUCUUUGAUUCACCCAAAUUUAUAAGUAUCAUGGAGGUUAUAAAAGAAAGAAGUCUCGCAAGUGAAAAUAUUUCAAAGCGUGUUCACGUUGUUUAUAGUCUGUCAAAAGAUUUAGGUGUACCUGGUUUUCGCGUAGGAAUGAUAUACUCAAACAACAAAAAUGUUGUAUCUAUGGCUACCAAAAUGUCAAGUUUUGGACUUAUUUCGUCGCAAACUCAAUAUUUGCUAGCAAAAUUACUCGGUGACAAGAAAUUUACUCUUAAGUAUAUGGAAGAGAACAAAACAAGGUUGAAGAAGCAAAAGGAGACAAUAGUAAGUGGUUUGAGAAACGCAGGCAUUCGAUGCUUAAAGAGCAAUGCUGGAUUAUUUUGUUGGGUUGAUAUGAAGCAUUUGUUGAGUUCUACGACUUUUGAAGCGGAAAAAGAGCUUUGGAAAAUGAUUCUUUAUCAAGUUGGUUUGAAUAUAUCUCCUGGAUCUUCUUGUCAUUGUUCUGAACCGGGUUGGUUUAGGAUUUGCUUUGCCAAUAUGUCUCAACAAACAUUAAAAGUUGCAAUGAGAAGGAUUAAGCUCUUUAUAGAUUCCAAUUCAACAAUGUUUUCUAUCAAACAACCAUUUUUACCAAUGUGA